CUCUUUGCUGUCGGCUUUUCCUUGAAGACUCGAAUGCCAUCAUGUACGUUGCCUGCCUUCUUGCGUGUCUGUCUGUUCAACACAGUAAGUAUACACCCGCACUCACGGGAGCGAAUUAAUUAAGUGCACACACACAGAAGCACCCACACAGACCGUGCACACAAAACACAGACGCCACACCCAAUCCAUCCAUCCGCCCGGUUGUCUGACUAUCAGCUGUUGAGAAUCCAUUUGCCGACCUCCUUGGCCACGGUGACCGCGCGGGGCAAAGUCACAUUCUCAUGCAACUCACCUGCACACACACACGAGAGAGAUGCCACAUGCUCACCAUUCGACCGAUGUGCAUCUCUGUGUGCGGGGACCUCUGAGUAUGAGUGCUGCCUCUUUGUAGCACGUCAAGGCAAGGUACUCGCUCAUCUUGGCUCGAAUCACGUUGGUGCGCCACAGACCAUCCAACCCCUGAUAUGCGCAUAGACACACACACACACACUCGUGUGCCUCACCAAAGUGUCAUUGAGGAGCGCUCCCUCACCGUCAGUUUCGACACGGAUUGGUCGUCUGCUUUGCUCCACCAGGUGCCGUCGAUCCGCAGCCCGUCCUCAUACACACCACUGACACACACAGGCAGACGAAGUACUGACUGUGGAGAGGGGGUUUGUGUGUGUGUGUAAUGUCACUUACCCUUGUGUCUUGCUGGCUGCGGGCUUCAGUUCGGUCCACCACACCCAUGACUGAUCGAUCCAUCCAUCCAUUCCUCAGAGGACAGGUGUGUGCGCGUGUGUGUGGUGUGUGGUGUGUAUGCUGCAGGAAGGCCACCAAUGUAAGUACCUGUGUGGCGAUGUUUCGGUUGUCCUUCAGUAGCUUGAUGAAUGGCGUGAUGGUUGUGUCGUUCUCGUAGCGGGCCAUGAAGGCCGAGAAGGCCGACUCCCACCACUCAAUGGCGUCCUCAAAGGACGACACAGAGCUGCCUGCAAUGAGUAGAAUGGAUGCACACCAACAGACAGACACAAUACACACACACAUACAAGUGAGUGCGUGUGUGUCCUCACUCACUGGUCGAGUUGAUGACUUUGCUGCUGACGGUCCGGAGGUCUUGGGGAAUGCCGUGCACCCACGUGUUGAGCCGCAUGUCAACCGCCACCCACGAGGGGUCUGACAAACGAAAUAACCCACAGAAAUCCACACUCAAUUCACGCCACUGCGUGUGCGCCGAUUUGCUCGUGUCUGGCUCACCAUAGUCUUUCUUGAGCUUUUGCAGCCUGUGUGGAUACGCGCGAUGCGUCAGCCAGGAAUCCGAUUGGUGCGUGUGCAUGCACUCCUUCAUUGUGCCUACUCGCUGGUCCAUAUUCUGAAUGUGUGUGAGGGCUCGUGGCGGGGCUCCAGCGUGAAACCGUAGACGCUGAACAGCUGACACGACACGCACACACACACAUGAGUAGACACACACAUCAAAUUUGGAAUGGAUGGGUGUGUCUACUCAUUGAUUGUAGGUAGGUACCUGUGCGUUGGAUCGCGUGCCGUAGGAUAGGAAGAUCUCCUGGCCUUCACACAUACGCACACACACAACCAGGCAGCCAUGUGUCCAUCCAUCCAUCAAUCCAUCCACCCAUCCAGCUGUGUGCUAGGAUGGGCUGGGCUGGGGUGGGCUGGUGUCCAUGAGUGAGCACCUUUGUUGACGAAUUCCUUUGUGGUGAUCUUUAGGCUGUCCGUCGACUCAUCCCAGUUCCACUCCUGCACACACGCACACAGAGCAGGCAGACAGCCGACAGAUGGCUGGAAGCGUGUGUGUGUCUGUGUGUGUGUGUGUUGAUGUGAUGCGCCUACUGCGUUGUGGUGGUGUCCGUGGUUCAUCAUGUCGGCCACCAUGACCAGGGCGAACCCAUGACGAGUCGAGAACGAACGAGUGGCGAUGCUGCGCGCACACACCACAUAGGUGUUGAAGUGCAUUCUCUGUGUGUGUGUGUGUGUGUGUUUGCUCACGACAUGCAUGAGGAAAUGAAGGCUGUCUUGUUGAAGGCCCCGAUGUCUUGCCGGUCCAGGUUGGCCACUAUCUUUGUGUGAUCGCGGUCGUACCAAGCCCUGCCCGUUCAUCGACACACACACACAGACCCAUGUGUGUGUGCGCAGCAGGUGGAAGGGAUUCACUAACGCACUUGCUUCGGCUGGCCAGCUCGUAUUCGGGCGAACCUUCAAGCAGCUUCAGUCGCCUCUCUGGCUGACAACACACACACGCCAUGCUCACAAGCUCAUCAGUUUACCAGUGCAUGUGUCCAUCCAUCCAUUUGUGUGUGUGUGUAAGCGGCCCAGCGCACCUGGAAGAAUAUCAUGGUGUCGUAUGCCUCCUCGCCUAUCACUCUGGUGUAGGGGUACCAGUAGCUCUUCACGCCCUUCUGCACCUCAGCAGCUGCACACCACACACACACACACACGCACACACGACAUGCAGACAUGGCGGCGGUCCCAUACACGAUACACACACGCGUGAACGCACUGUGAGUACUCAGAUAGGCCCCCAAGGCAGGAUGCUGUAGAGCCAACCCAGGGAUGGCCUCUACUCUCCCAGGCAACUCUGACCUGACGGACGUCCACGUGUGUGUUCAUACGUGUCCGUGUGGCUGUGCGUGUGUGUCUGUCUGCGUACCUCAUCUUUGCGUUUGGCAGGGUGAGGUGGUUCUUGAUGGGUACCUGGAUGAGCAGGGUGUUCUUCUCCAGCGACUGGGUGGUGAUGACGCCACGCACCGGCCGGUCGGGGGGCGUCAGGGCGAUACCUGCACACAUACACACGGAUGAAGCUUGGAUGGAUCGAUUUGCACAGGUGCGUGUGUACACGUUGGUACCAUCAUGGACGAAGCUGUCACGCUGCCGCACCUGCAGACGAGAAAGGGGGACCAACUCAAUGAUUGGUUGCGAGUGUCUGUCUGCCUGUAUGACAGACAUACCCAUUUCUUCAUGGCUUCCCACUCUUUGUACACAUCGAGCGGCCCAUCCUUCGGCCUGACACAGGCACAAACACACACAGGCAGACACACAGGCGUCCGCACACACGCGUGACAUCUGAUUGCUGUUCUGUGCCGGUGCACAGCUGCACGUUACCUGACGUCAAAGUAGGUCUCCCAGAAGUCCCUCGGACCCCAUUGCACGCACGCCACUGCUAUGGCGAGAGAUGGCACGGCGAUGGAGAGCACCACAACGCCCAGAUUGGACGUGCUGCCGCUGCUGCUGGCGCUGCGUGUCGGUGGUGAAGUGGCAGCUGCAGAUGCGCUGCCGCUUUCUUUCGCCGCCUUCUUCCUUGGCUGGCCAUUCAUUCUCCCGUUUCCUCACACGCGGCAGGG